UAAAGCGAUGAUGAAUCAAACCGUCAUGCAGACAUCUAGCUUUUGUUUCUAUACGAUGUUGGUUUUGUUUGCCUGGACGGGUAUCAUCACCACCACAACACCCCGAAACACAGACAUACUAGCUGGGGGACUAGCUGGUUUACGGGAUCGAGUAAAUGGGUUGAAUCAGGAUAGCAAGAAGAUGGUGGCACGUGCGAUGUUUACAUCUAUCCCCCUAAAUAUAGAUGGCCAAUACUUAGUUAAGCUGUCCGAAAUUACGACAGGUAUUGAGGUUUUAUAUAGUAAUGCAAACAACAACCAUCACGGAUUUGAAGCUAAUAGCGAGGGAACAAUGGGAGAUUUGUUGCAGAGAGGUGUGAAUGCCUUUAAGAGUGGAACUCCGGCUGAUAAAAGUGCGUUCACCGAAAUAGUGAAAGAAGUUUGUGACGGAUAUCACGGAUUAGUAAAAAAGUUUGUCAAUUCAUGCCAAUCGACAGACGAGCACGGAGUAGUGCUGAAACAAGUGAGUAAUGAAACACUAGAUAUCGUUAAUGAAAGCUUGAUACAUUUAGUAGGAAACGAUGAUGCUAUAUUGAAUGCAUUCGUAGACGCAUACAAUGAGAUAACAAUCAAAUUAAACAAAAUGAUCGAUGCUCCGGAAGACAAAUCAAUUGCUGGUAUGGUUGAACAAUUUAAAACACUAAUUGAGAAGGUAAAGCCACAUAUGGUAUUUUUCAACAGUUUGCAAUAUGCGAUCUGUGAAAAUAAGGACGUGAAAGCGCAUGAAAAAGCCGUUGAUGAUUACGAAGCUAUGUUAAGUAAGCUGAUAAGUAAUCUAAAAAAACAUAUUACCAAACAAAAAGUGGAGUACAAAAACUACGUUGCAACAGCUAAGAUAAUUGUUAAGUUUCUUGACGACAUGCGCAUGAGUAUCAAAAUCGUAGUUCAGAAUCGUGAUAUAUUGGCAAUCAGAUAUGCUGAAAUUGCAAGGGUUUACUCCGAUACAAAGAUGAUAGCGGAUAUCACUGAGGAGGCGAAGAAUAAGACGGGGGAUAACAAACAAGACUAUGACAACAUGAAUGGAGAUGCAAAGAGCAAAGUGAACUUGCGUUUCUAUAUUUCUCCACAGAAGAGUGCAUCGGGCAGCGCAUCUGGUUCCUCGGGCCCGUCAGGAAAGCCUCCAGCAGGAGUAACGCCUCCGGCUCCAAAUGCGAAGGGUAGUAAGUCAGACGAUAAAACACAGAAGAAUACUAGCACGACUGAUAAGGACGAUUCUAAGCCGUGGUAUAGAAAGACAUGGCCAUGGGUUGUUGGUAUCGGAGUUGUUGUAUUGGCAGCCGGAUUCGGUCUACUUGCAGUGGUAUUAUUUCGCAAGAAAUAAAUAAGUCUUUUGACA